AUGCUGACUCGACCUAAAACAGACUCGCAGGCCGCGUCUUCAGAGACCAAGGACCAAAAAUCCGACGUAGACACCCAGACCUCGUUGGCGCCUCCUCCCCGACCCGCGGCCGCCACGGCUAAUGAUACCCCCGACUACUUCAACUCGGUGCAUAACCCCUUCUCCCUGGAGCCCAAUCCAUUUGAGCAAUCCUUCGGGGGCAACUCGGGCGAAACCCCUGGCAAGUCCCUGCUGCCGCCGGUCGCGGCGCUCACCUCUCCUGCUUUGCCUGGAUCCAAUUCCGCCAACGGUUAUAACUGGUCCAAUUCCCUGCGCUCGGGGCCGUUGAGCCCGGCGAUGCUCCCGGGGCCGACUGGCUCGAAUGAUUACUUCGACAGCAUCGGCAGAGGCUUCCCCACCCCGAACGAGUCCUCCCUCCGCACCGGACUGACUCCCGGCGGCGGUGGGUCAAUGUUUCCGGCGCCCAGUCCAAACUCACAGGCGUUACUACAGCAACUUCAGAGUGGUGGCGCGACCCCCUCGACGAUCGAGUUCCAUCGCACCGCCUUGGCUGCAAAGAAGAACAGCGGCAACGCUCCCACGUCGAACCCCAACGAGCAGGAUCAAGGGGCGAACGCGACCAUGGACACCAAGGGCGCUCAGCCUGCUGCGGCGGAUCCCUUCACUCAGCAUGAUGCCGCUGAUGCCGCCAAUGGACUGUUUAUGUUGGCCAAGGGUGGCCAGACGAACAACAUGCAAAUGAACCAGAUGCAAAACGAGACCCGCGCGGCUGCUGCCCGACGCGUGUCUCAGAACACCAACGGAACCAGUGGCCAAGAACUUAGCGGUGAUGGAUCGGACCAGGAACCUGCCAGACCCGCCAAGGGUAAGGCAAAGAAGAAUGCUCCCAAGGCUGCCACGGCCGCCAACAACCGGCGCAAGGCCGAGGAUGCUUCCAAGGGACCUAACAAAAAGGUCAAGAUGAAUGGACCGAGUAGCGUGGAGUCGCCGUCGGACAUGGAGAACUCCGAUGACGAUGACUUUAAGGGCAAGGUCCCGAUGGAUCCGAAGAAGAUGACUGAUGAGGAAAAGCGACGCAAUUUCCUGGAGCGGAAUCGUGUCGCGGCUCUGAAGUGUCGUCAACGAAAGAAGCAAUGGCUGGCGAACUUACAGGCCAAGGUCGAGCUCUUCACGACGGAGAAUGAUGCGCUCACGGCCACUGUGACCCAGCUCCGAGAGGAAAUUGUUAACCUCAAGACACUCCUACUGGCGCACAAGGACUGCCCAGUCUCCCAGGCCCAAGGUCUCGGGCCUCUGAUGAUGAAUGGCAUGUCCACCGGGUUUGACCCUCACGGGUACAACGUGCCGAACAACAUGGGCAUGCAGCCCGGUGCACCCAUUCCCGCCCAGGGCAUGCGCCGCUAA